AUGUUGAGGUUGGGAUUUGUGUUUCUGAGUUUGAUUCUCAUCCCUUCACUGCCGACGGCACUGUCUAAGUAUGAUGGUAUAGAGCCUUUGCUUCGGCGUCUGGAUUCCAAAAGGGCACCUCCAUCGGUGCAAGAAGCUGCAGCCGUUGGUCUUCUCAAAAGACUGCUUCCAACCCAUUUGUCCAGUUUUCAGUUCAAAAUAGUGUCCAAGGUCUUUGCCCUUUUCCUUUCUCACUUCAUUAGUGGAACCACUGCUGUUGAGAUUGCAUCUGGUCUCCAUUGGUAUCUUAAGUAUUGGUGCGGUGCUCAUGUCUCCUGGGAUAAGACAGGUGGCGUUCAGACAACUUCAAUCCCUGAGCCAGGGUCACUACCCCGUUUAAAAGAUGAGGGUCUGAAGAUUAAACGACCAGUUCCAUGGAAUUAUUACCAAAAUGUUGUUACCUCUAGUUAUUCAUAUGUUUGGUGGGACUGGGAAAGGUGGGAAAAAGAGGUUGACUGGAUGGCACUUCAGGGGGUGAACCUGCCCUUGGCAUUUACUGGGCAGGAAACAAUUUGGCAAAAGGUUUUUAAGGUAUUGGGAAAUUUGGAUGACCUAGCCUAUACUGUGACGAAAAUCUUGAAUUUCACAACUCUUGGAGAAGAAAUAAUUGAAGCAGUUCAUAUCUGCAUCAGUAUGCUAAAUGAACAGCAAAUUGUGGAUCAAAUUGGAUACUGGGGUGGGCCAUUAUCUCAAAAUUGGUUAGAUCAACAAUUGGUGUUACAGAAACAGAUAAUCUCUCGAAUGUUAGAGCUGGGGAUGACACCAGUGCUUCCAUCUUUCUCUGGGAAUGUUCCAGCUGCUUUGACAAAGAUAUUCCCUUCGGCAAAAAUAACUAGACUUGGUGACUGGAACACUGUUGACAGUGAUCCUCGCUGGUGCUGUACUUACCUUCUUGAUCCCUCUGAUCCUUUAUUUAUUGAAAUAGGGAAGGCUUUUAUAAAAAAACAAAUUAAAGAAUAUGGGGAUGUAACGGACAUUUACAACUGUGACACAUUUAAUGAAAACCGCCCGCCUACCAAUGAUCCAGAGUAUAUAUUGACUCUGGGAGGUGCAGUAUAUAAAGGGAUUUCCGAAGGGGACAAGGAUGCUGUCUGGUUAAUGCAAGGCUGGCUCUUCUACUCUGACUCGUCAUUUUGGAAGCCACCUCAAAUUAAAGCCCUUUUGCAUUCUGUCCCAUUUGGAAAGAUGAUUGUUCUUGAUCUAUUUGCUGAUGUAAAGCCAAUAUGGAAAUCUUCCUUUCAGUUUUAUGGUACUCCUUAUAUCUGGUGUAUGCUUCAUAAUUUUGGUGGCAAUAUUGAAAUGUAUGGAACCCUUGAUGCAAUUUCUUCUGGGCCUGUUGAUGCUCGAGUCAGUGCAAACUCAACAAUGGUAGGUGUUGGUAUGUGCAUGGAAGGAAUUGAGCAGAAUCCCAUCGUUUAUGAGUUGAUGUCUGAAAUGGCAUUUCGAGAUAAGAAAGUUCAAGUUCCGGAAUGGAUCAAGAGUUAUUGCAAAAGACGAUAUGGUAAAUCUGUUCAUCAAGUUGAGGCUGCUUGGGAGAUUCUUUAUCAUACAAUUUACAAUUGUACUGACGGAAUUGCUGACCAUAAUCAUGAUUUCAUUGUAAUGUUUCCUGACUGGGACCCAUCAACAAAUUCUGAAACUGGCGUAUCCAACAACCAGAAGAAUAUAUACUUGUUGCCACCUGGAAAUAGAAGGUACUUAUUCCAGGAAACACCUUCUGAUAUGCCACAGGCUCAUUUGUGGUACCCCUCUGAUGACGUAAUUAAGGCAUUACAAUUAUUCCUGGCUGGUGGGAAGAAUCUUUCUACAAGUCUCACAUAUAGGUAUGACCUGGUUGACUUGACACGGCAAGUAUUAUCAAAAUUUGCGAACAAGUUAUACUACGAUGCAGUUACUUCGUUUCAGAAGAAGAACAUUGAAGCUUUGCAAUUUUACAGCAAUAUGUUCCUUCAACUGAUAAAAGAUAUUGAUGUACUGCUUGCUUCGGAUGAUAACUUUCUUCUUGGAACCUGGCUUGAGAGUGCUAAAAAUUUGGCAGUGAAUCCAAGUGAGAUAAAGCAGUAUGAAUGGAAUGCUAGAACACAAGUGACAAUGUGGUUUGAUACCAAUGAAACUACUCAGAGCAAGCUCCAUGAUUAUGCCAACAAAUUUUGGAGUGGACUUCUGGAAAGCUACUAUCUCCCUCGAGCUUCAACUUAUUUUAGUAAUUUGUUAGAAAGCUUGAGACAAAAUAAGAAGUUCAAGCUGAUUGAGUGGCGAAAACAAUGGAUUUCACUGUCAAACAAAUGGCAGGAAGGCAAUGAGGUCUACCCAGUAAAGGCCAAAGGAGAUGCUCUAGCCAUCUCCCAAGCUCUCUAUCAAAAAUAUUUUGCUAAAUAA